UUAAAUAUUUGUUUGUAAACAAAUCGAUGAAGUCCAAUUUCUCAUAUUAUAUUUAUUUAAAAUUGUUAAUGAGCUAACUUUCAAAAUGUCCAACUUUAAGUUUUUCAGAUUACUAAGAAAAGCAAAUUUCAUGAAUAAUCGAAAUAUAUUUUUAAGUGUUAGUUCAAUGGAUUCAUAUACACUGCCAAAGAAGCCUGAUUUGAAAUCUCUUUUGAAUAAUUCGGUUUCAUAUAUUGAAAAUAAUGCGUUGGAUCCUUGGAUAACACAGGAGUAUUCUGUAAAAAGAAAUAAUCAAUCAGAUCAUUCGAUCCGUUUGAAUGUCAAUCCGCGUGAGACAUCUGUGUUACUAUUUCCUGGGCAGGGUUCUCAAUUUGUUGGUAUGGGAAAAUCUCUUUUGUCAUAUCCUAAUGUUAAAGAUAUGUUUGAGUGUGCUAGUGAAGUAUUAAGAUAUAAUUUAUUGGACCUUUGCAUAAAUGGACCCCAAGAUAUGCUGAACAUGACUGUGCAUUCACAAGUAGCUGUUGUAGUUACAUCAUUAGCUGCUGUUGAAAAACUAAGAGCAGAAUCUCCUGAGGCAAUUGAAAAUUGUGCUGCUACGGCUGGUUUUAGUGUUGGUGAAUAUAGUGCUUUAGUAUUUUCAGGAGCUCUUGAAUUUGAACAUGCUAUCAAAUUACUAAAGGUACGCGGUGAAGCAAUGCAGGCGGCCUCAGAUUUGGAGCCUAGUGGCAUGAUGACAGUUUUCUUGCAUCCAAGUGCCAAAAUUAAAUCUGCAUGUGUUGCUGCAAGAGAAUGGUGUGAAAAGCAAACAAUAUAUAACGCUGAAUGUAAAGUAGCUAUUUACAUGUUUCCUGAUUGCAAAGUUCUAGCUGGUCAUAUGGAGGCUUUAAAGUUUCUGGAAUCCAAUGCUAAGGAGUUUGGGAUAAAGAAGAUGAAAUACAUUCCCGUUAGUGGUGCCUUUCAUUCAAAACUCAUGAAUCCUGCUAAAGUAGUUCUGAAAAAAGCUCUAAAAGCAACACCGUUUGAAACUCCAAUAAUACCAGUACAUGCAAAUGUUGAUGGCAGACCAUAUAGUAGUGCAGAAAAAAUAAGAGAAAAACUAGCAAAUCAAUUAUGUAGUGCAGUUGCAUGGGAACAAACAAUGCAUAUAAUAUAUGAACGACCUCCGGGUGAUAGUUUCCCAGAUACCUAUGAAUGCGGACCUGGAACUGCAUUGAAAUCUAUUUUGAGAUUUAAUAAUGCACCUGCUUAUAAGCACUGUUUAAAUGUAUCUGUUUAAAUUCAUGUAAUAUUUUAUUUAUUAAUAAAUUUUUAAUGUUUUCUGUUUUAA